GGACCUAUGUAUUAUUGCUGUCUGUUACAUUUCCCAGUCGUGGCAGUGGAACGUGAACGGUGCUAAUAUAUCCAGAGUGGAAAAGUCGAGUAUUAAGCGUUAAUUUACUCCUUUUCUGAAAUGGUCUGCUCAACGCAGCAUGUUUACAGAUGGCUGGUUAACGUUUAACGUCUGAUAAGUUCUAAACUGCGCUGUGCGUUAAAUUCCUAACGGUGAGCUAUCGUACGACUACCACCGGUAGCCAGGAAACUGGUUGGAUUUGACACUUGUAUCCGUCCGUGACUGUCACCGAGAAGGCACCUUACCUAUUUGUCUGCGGCAAGGUGCAGGCUGACUGAUCCACUGGAGACCACCUUUUUGGGAGGUAGACAAGGACCGAGCAGUGGAGCACGUCUGAGUCUUUCAGACCCAGGGCUAGCCGAGCUAGCGAGUUGCUGCCAAAAAAAAGCACGGAGAGAGCCUGAAAACAGUUUGCCUGGGUGGCAGCAUCACAUCUGGAAAAUGGCCCACCUGGGAGGCAGUCAAAACCAGAAGGCUGCAUGCUUGGGGGUCAGUCACUUACAUUAAACAGCACAGCGGCAAGCCUGAAUGGUUUGGGGACCCUGAGAGCAGCGUGCUGCCUGAGGGACUGAAAGGGGAGCCUAUUAUCAGCCGAUAAUAGCCCGCCAGGUGGCAAAGGCUAUAAGAAGAACAGUAAGACCCAGCAGAGCGAGGGUGAGAAGAACAAUCCACAGGUUUCAGCUGGGUCUCCUCUUCUUAGCACAUCACCUGCCUCUAGAACCAGGGGCGGGCCUGCCCCGCCGAUGUUCCACACAACCAUCUCCGGGGAACGCUUCACCGCUGCCGUCCAUCGAUGGCCGUCGUUUGACGGGGCCAACUGCGAAUGCUGAGCAGGCUAGUGAGGUUGGGGCCCGCCCUCAGUCUCCGCUCAUUGGCUGCUGGAUGGAAUUAAGGUGAAUGGAGCCCAUUUCCAACGUCGAGGACCCCAACUCAUCAGAGGGAGAUGAGAAACGGUGGCCUGAUGGCCCAAAAAGGAAGAGAAAGAACAGCACAUGUUCGGUGAAGAGCAUGUCUGCACUGAGCCUCUCUGUCCCAGGAUACAUCCCCAGCUACUUGGAGAAGGAUGAGCCGUGUGUGGUAUGUGGAGACAAGGCCACCGGCUACCAUUACCGCUGCAUCACCUGCGAGGGCUGCAAGGGUUUCUUCAGGCGCACCAUCCAGAAGAACCUUCACCCGGCUUACUCCUGUAAGUACGAUGGCUGCUGCAUCAUCGACAAGAUCACAAGGAACCAGUGCCAACUGUGUCGCUUCAGGAAGUGCAUCGCAGUUGGCAUGGCCAUGGACUUGGUGCUGGACGACUCUAAGCGGGUUGCCAAGCGGCGUCUGAUUGAGGAGAACCGGGAGAAGAGGAAGAAAGACGAGAUUGUGAAGACAUUGCAGACCCGUCCGGAGCCCGACAGCUCGGAGUGGGAGCUGAUUCGCCAUGUGACAGAGGCCCACCGCCACACCAACGCGCAGGGCUCCCACUGGAAACAGAAACGCAAGUUCCUGCCUGAGGAUAUAGGUCAGUCCCCCGGGGUUCCCACCCCAGACGGAGACAAGGUAGACCUGGAGGCCUUCAGCGAGUUCACCAAGAUCAUCACCCCUGCCAUCACACGCGUCGUCGACUUUGCCAAAAAACUGCCCAUGUUCUCAGAGCUGCCUUGUGAGGACCAGAUCAUCCUAUUGAAAGGCUGCUGUAUGGAGAUCAUGUCGCUGCGUGCCGCCGUGCGCUAUGACCCAGAGAGCGAGACGCUUACCCUGAGCGGCGAGAUGGCGGUGAAGAGGGAGCAGCUGAAGAAUGGCGGGCUGGGCGUGGUGUCGGACGCCAUCUUUGAUUUGGGCAAGAGUCUGGCACAGUUUAACCUGGACGACUCUGAGGUGGCCCUGCUGCAGGCUGUGCUCCUCAUGAGCUCAGAUCGCUCGGGCCUGACGUCGGUAGAUAAGAUCGAGAAGUGCCAGGAAACGUACCUGCUUGCCUUCGAGCACUACAUCAACCACCGCAAGCACAACAUUCCCCACUUCUGGCCCAAGUUGCUGAUGAAGGUGACGGACCUGAGGAUGAUCGGGGCGUGCCACGCCAGCCGCUUCCUCCACAUGAAGGUGGAGUGUCCCAACGAGCUCUUCCCUCCGCUCUUCCUGGAGGUCUUCGAGGACCAGGAAGUAUGAACUGACUUCUGACCUGGAAGAGAUGGAAGAGAGAGGGGGGAAUUAUUAGGGGAAAAGAAAAGGGGUAAAGAAAUUGGCCGCUUUCUUUGUUUUGUGAAACACAAUAUCACCACCACCAGCAAUACGGAUAGUCACUAAGAAAAAAGUCUCAGAAAACCAAAGGCUUUCUUUUGCGUAGCCGUUUUGAUGAUUUGUUUCUGGCCGCACUUGGGGCUCUUGUGGCUGCUGGGCCCCACUUUGAGUUGGGGUGUGGGGCCCCCCUCUAAAGUGUGGUUCUGACUGCGCUGUGCAUCUAUCUAACAGAGAGGCUAGCAGCCCUGAGCGGUGUUCUGCUCCUGUGUUAUACACCAGGUGCACAUGUAUGCAAACCCAAACCCCCGAGGUCUGGUUGGAGUAGCGGUACUGGUGGGGAGCUCUGUGUUAGUGGAAGGCAAUCGCUCUGAGAGGCAGACAAACAUAUACAUUCACAGACAAUCACUUUACAAAAUCAAACCUCACACAUAAAGCCACUGAUGUACAAUCUACAUUCACCUAACACACACACACUGCUAUAGACACACAUGGGACUGACGUAGCUUUUCAGAGCCGCCAGUCACUCGAGCAGGGCAGAUAGCUGCUGUAUUUUGUCCCACACUCGAGCUUCCAUCAGAGCCUCCACCCUCCAACCUGCUCCCCUCUUCGGCCUCCUCACCGUCCUCCACUGGGACAGUCACCAAGUCUUCCCCCACACUUCACCUUCCACCCCCUGAUGUGCAGCCCAAACUCCUCCUAGCCAAGGCGUGUACUUGUGAACCUACCUCCCUGUACCUUACAUACCUCCCUUACACAGAGUGACACAUAAACCUCCCUUUAUGACAAUGGAUACAAACAACAUCCAAUUUGUUGUGCAAAGGUGCAAGUGUACCGUCAUGUAUAUACACAACCCUUUACCCUCAUACAUACAAGUACUGUAUACCUAUCUUACUGCAUGUAUACAGUACACCGGUCUACCUGCAUGCACAUAUACCUCUGUACCUGCAUUAUAUACCCACUGGUUUACCUCCAUGUACUUCUCAUCCUAUACAUACCUGUCUACCUGAAUACAGCCAUACCUCUUUAACCAUAUAUAUAUAUAUACAUAUAUAUAUAUAUAUACAGUAAACAUAACCUUCUGCCUGUGUAUAUGGGUACCUCUCAUCUAUACAUACCUCUCUCUGUGUGUACACACACAAAAUAAUAGUUUGCUGUUCUUUUACCUCGUAUGACAGUUGAGGUGAGUUGAUCCUCACCUAGGUUGUGUCAAUCUACCUGUCCCAAACCUCUACCUGUCCCAAACCUCCACUACAUCUCCUGUUUGGACUGCACUGCACUUCCUGGUUGCAGACUGUGUGUGUCUCCUAUGUUGCCCUGCCCAUCACACAGGACUACCGCCCCCUCUGAUGUGGGAUUGGUUGAGGGACGGCGAGAGGUGUCACUUACCUCGCCGGUGGUUACACCACAGGCCCCACCUCCAAACUGACAGAUUCUACCUCGCCUCUCAUGUCAGUGUAGAUGCCCCUCUGAGUGCAAAACCCAUAUACUUCCACAGUUGCCAAUAUGGACCUGUUUGGUCCCCCUACUACCCUGUUCAGUAAGACCCCAUGAAAUGGGAGAAAGCUGCAGAUCAACAUGCACAGCAGUCUUUAUCUUUUACACUUUUUUCUUUUUGAAGUAUUUUUACCACACAAGACCAAGUCUCAUAAUGGAUUCCCCCAUCUAUCGAUGUUCAAGACAAACAACAAACCCACUGGCGGGAAUAAAGAUUCUGUGUCUGACAAACUCCAAGGAAACGUUCUUUCUUAGGAAAAGACAGACCGUACACCUUGGAAGCCAACUGAGCUCGAUGGAUGGGCCAAAGCAUUGUUAUUGUAGACGUUGUUAUCGUUGUUAUUGUGGUAAACAAACGUACUCUAAUCUCUAACUCAAUUCAGUAGUAUUCACCUGUGGAUGGAUACCCUGGUUCUCAAUGUGGCAGGUCCAGAGACGAGACAUGAAUGAGAGGCCCAGCCAAUGCAACCUGCCACAUAAUGUACUUUUUACAGCACUGUUCACAGUAGCAACCCUCUUUCUCCUAAAGUAUGGAAAAAGGCCCCAGAGAGCCACAAAGCCUUUGAGAUGAUUCUCUGACUGUCCUCUCCACACAUCCAAUCCUACACCCAGCCAGCUCUGCGCUUUCUCUACAUGUCCCCCUCCUCUCCUUCAAAGCCAUUGACAGUUGUUUGUUUUGCACUAAAGGGAUGUCUCCCCCUGUGUUUUCCCUAAAUAUGCGCCGUGCGAUACAAUCCAGAUCACCACCGCUCCUAAUACAAUACCUCCCCUCUCCUGCAGUCUUACCCUAAUCCCUAGCUUCAGCCCGGUGCCUAACAUUCUGUCACAACACACACACACACACACUCUCAGUAUUACAAGGGGAUUUAAAGGAACCUAGAAGCUCUUAACUGUAUGGAAAAUAGGAUGUCAUUCAAACUUGUGCACGGCGAUUGAAAAAGAGAUGCCGAUAUCAAUGUGACUUUCCUACUUAAAUAAAGGAUGCAUAAAAAUAAAAACAAUAUGCAGCAUAAUGAUAAUCAACUCUUUGUUACUGUGAACGAGCCAGGCUUUGACCAGACGGUUGGUUUGGAUAAGGUGUAGAAGAGGGUUGGCUUUUUAGCUGUGAACGACAUGGAAAUGUUCCCCAGAGGGGUCGUGAUUAACAGCAUGUCGAAGAAGGGAGCUUUCCCACACAGCCAGUGGUCCCUAGACUACUGACAAUCUCACACAGAAUCAGACUCACCAGCAUCGAAGAGCACACUGCCUUCAGACACCAUCAAUCGCACCAGCACAGCAGAUCGAUCCUCAGGCUCUCGCUAGCCAUCCUCGUGUCAGGACAGUGUGGAUACAAUCAACCGACAAAUGUUAGCUUAGGUAUGUCCUUCCACGCUACCCCCACACCUCCCAUUCUCCACACUGUUCCUAUUGCACCACCUCAACUAACCACACUACUAAACCAGGGAUAUCAUGUACAUUCUGGAACUCAACACAUCUCUACCCUGACGCCCAUUCACCUCUUUAAAUGGAGAAUCUCCAUCGAACAUGCUUCUUAGUCCAGGACUAGACUUAAUCUGGGUCCAGGAAACUAGCCCCAAUCUCCCCCUCCCCGUUAUGCCAAUCUCAUGCUUUGCCCUCACUCGCUUUAACCUCCCCAUAACCCCUUCCUCCCCACAACAUGGUUGUCUCGCUCCCCUCUGAAAAUCCAAUCGAACCCCAACCAAAAGUAGCACUUUGAGAACUUGGAGAGGAACGGAAAGCCCAGGUACAUGGAUGAUAUGUCGUUGUGAGGAUUGUAAAAAAAAAAAAAAAGACUAAAUGAAAUGGAGAAGUCCCAGACUGAAAAUGUUGUGCACUAAUAAGUGUCGUUCUGCAUAUUUGUGAUGUCAUACUUCUGGGUUGAAAUGCUGUUUGUCUGACAGAUUGGUCUCAAUAAAGAUUUUUUUUUGUUUAGAAAGAGACUCAGGACUGAAAGCCCAGAAACGGAGGGAAAGAAAAGGCAACUUGGAUAAAUGUUUUUUUUGUUUUUUUAAAUAAUUAUUGUUUGUUUAGCAUUUGAUUUAAUUUCUAAGUUAAUGUCUGUGUUGUCGGCGCUUGACUGAUAUGAUGCUUUACUGUGUAAAACAAACAGCUGUAGACACUUUCUGAACGUCUGUGCAGUGUCGGGGCUGCGUCCCAAAUGACCCCCUAUUUCUGACGCAGACUAGGUCUUCGUGAAACUUCACUUUGAUCUCAGCUGGUUUGUACUGUUUGCUCCAGGUGGAAGACGCCCCUAAAACACUGAUCUGUGUUCUGCUUAUACUCUACCCAAUAUUAACCUUGAUCUAAUGGGUUAAAGUAAAAAAAGGACCUUUAGUUGAGAGCUUGGGGGAAACGUCACCCAUGAAUUUGCCCAUCUGUCUGUCUUAAUGUAAACAGGAAUAUUAUGUUUUUAAGAAAAAAAAAUCAAAAAAUUACAAAACAGAAACCAAUUUUUUUUUUUUUUUAAACAACUUCAUACCUCAGACAAUGAAGUUGGAAACUGAAUGAAAAGGAGUUGUGGUUCACAUGCAUGAAUAGCCAGCCGCCGCAUCGUACGCUCACAUCGUUUGUGUGAAGCUUCUUGACAGGAACUGUAUAUAAAACGACACCAUCUUAAAUUCAAGUGGUAUUUUAGGCUUUUGACAUCAUGCAGUUUCUCACAACCACUUAAUCCAAUAGGCUCAGAUAGACUCACAGGAUCAGGAGAUGUUUAGGUGAGGUUCCCUCUACAUAGUGUGUAUUGGGAUGUUAUGUCCUGGCUCAGUAUUAAAUGUAGCUCAACAAGAUCUAUGUCUAUAACUCUUGUUUAUGUCCCUCAUAACUGCCUAACCAAGCCUGGUCCCAGAUCAGGCUGUCUUGUAAACUCCUAUGGUCAUUAUCACAGUUGGCAAGAUGGAACAAACCGGUCUGGAGGCAGGCUAUGUCAGUACCCCUGUAACGCUAGACAAAUCAUAUAGACAUUGCUGCUCUGCAGAAUGCGAUAGUGGCUCUUGCGCUCAGACACUCGCCAAUCAAUUGUUUUUGGUUUCAUAGUUUAUGAAAACAACAGAAAACAUACAUCGAGAAAUGGUGGCAUCCCAGAGCUCUUUAUUUGUGUUGUUAAAAAGUGACUUGCAUACGUCAAAAGUUGUUAAUGUCCAGUUUCUUACUGAUGUACGUUUCCCUUCCUCAACCUGCUCUUGAGCCAAUUAUUUUUCUGAAAUCGGCCAUUUAACUAUGUGCUUGCUCUUCUCUCAGCUUACCUUCAUGAACACUGAUCUGAAAGGACCAGAUAAGUGAAAGCAGUCUGGAAACUCAUCCAUUUCCUGUCCAUUUCCAGUGGUAACCAUUAGUCAAGUAGGGUAUAUAGAAUGGGAGGUUGUGGGUUAGCUGGGAGCGAACACUGUAUAGGCAAGAGGGAGCAGUCCAUGAACUACUCCUGUGUUUCUCAAUCCUGGUCUUUGGGUGGGCAAGGCAAGGGUAUUGCCCCUAUUAUUGCUGACAAGUGAAUGACCCUCUUGAGUUUUUUCAGUUGAACAGUUAUCUGCUCUUCCCUCCAGUUGAAUGGUGUACUGUAGAGCAUGUCUGAUUUGGAGAUGGGAUGGGGACGUUUCUAUACUCAACUCAAGGACCAGGAUUGGGGAAACCAUUUUUAUGCAGCAUAUUGGUUCUGAUUAAAAAUGAAAAACGCCUGCAAUUUCCAAUGAGACAAACUGUGUAGAUGUGUUAACAAAUUCACUCAGGUCUGACUAGAUGUUAUGUAGAGGGGUGAACGGAGGCUACAGAAUUGUGUGUUUGUGGGAUGUGGUUGUGACCACUUGUUACAUUGCUCCUAGACAUAAAUGUGAUUUCAUUGUUUUUUUUAUACCCCCCCCCCCCCAGCACAUUGUAUUCCAACAUGCCAUAUGUCGCGCCAAAAGGUGACAAAUAGUCUAAGUAUUAGGAGAUGAUGCCCGAAAUUCCCCAGGUAGAUCCAAAAUGGAAGUCCAUUCUGAAUGUCACUUUGGAUACCGUAGAAGGCAUGACUGAAAUAUGGUGACAGGGGCAUUUGGAAGGUCCCCUCAGCAAAGGUAUCACGUAUAGACACACCAGGCGAUCUAAAGUAUAGGCCAAUCUAUUUUCAAGAGAAUUUAUCCUAGUAAAAGACAAGUAAAAUAAGACCAUUUGGAGCCUGCACACAGACCCAUGCACAGGUGCACACUUUCACAUGCAGUCAUUGUGGAGUGGAAAGCAGCAGCAGCAGGAGGAGGUUGAACUCAGGUAUAUAAGAAAACAAUGACCUUUUCACUUUAAUAAAUGAUUAUUUAGACUCAAA